AUGGCGUAUCCCUUUCAAUUAGGCUUCCAAGAUGCCACAUCCCCCAUUAUAGAAGAACUAUUACACUUCCACGACCACACACUAAUAAUUGUCUUCUUAAUUAGCUCCCUUGUACUUUAUAUUAUUUCAGUCAUAUUAACAACUAGCCUUACCCAUACAAGCACAAUAGAUGCACAAGAAGUAGAGACAAUCUGAACCAUUCUCCCCGCUAUUAUCCUUAUCAUAAUUGCCCUUCCAUCGCUACGAAUCCUCUAUAUAAUAGAUGAGAUCAACAAUCCAACCCUAACUGUAAAAACAAUAGGCCACCAAUGAUAUUGAAGCUAUGAAUACACAGACUAUGAAGACCUUAACUUCGACUCCUAUAUAAUCCCAACCUCUGACCUAAAACCAGGGGAACUGCGCUUACUAGAAGUAGAUAAUCGAGUAGUCCUACCCAUGGAAAUAACUAUCCGUAUACUAAUUUCAUCAGAAGAUGUCCUACACUCAUGAGCUGUGCCCUCCCUAGGCCUAAAAACUGAUGCCAUCCCGGGCCGUCUAAACCAAACUACUCUACUGUCAACACGACCUGGCCUCUACUAUGGUCAAUGCUCCGAAAUUUGCGGGUCAAACCACAGUUUUAUGCCAAUUGUCCUUGAAAUAGUUCCCCUGAAACACUUUGAAAAAUGGUCAUCAUCAAUGCUCUAA